AGUAGCCUUGUAAGGUUUUUAUAGAUGUUACACAGCCGGUCUGUGGUGCUGCUGGUCUGGAUCGCGGACCUAUUCGAAGUAAAGUUGGAGGUACACUUGAUGUCUCAGUCUUGACAGUAUAAGAUUAUUCAAUUGUGUUUAACUCCAGAAGACAAUCAGAAUGGCUACAGGAGCAGAUGUUCGGGAUAUACUUGAGCUGGGGGGCCCAGAAUCUGAAAACAUAGGAACUAUUAAUAAGAAAGACAUCAUCAAUUCUGAUAAGAAAAAAUCCAAGAAAUCAUCAGAGACCCUAACAUUUAAGAGACCGGAAGGAAUGCACCGAGAGGUCUAUGCGCUGCUGUACUCUGAUAAAAAGGAUGCACCCCCUCUUUUACCAAGUGACACAACACAGGGUUAUCGUACAGUAAAGGCAAAACUUGGUUCCAAGAAAGUGAGGCCUUGGAAGUGGAUGCCAUUCACAAACCCUGCUAGGAAGGAUGGGGCUAUGUUCUACCACUGGAGAAGGGCGGCAGAAGAGGGCAAGGAUUACCCUUUUGCCAGAUUCAACAAAACAGUACAAGUUCCAGUCUAUUCAGAGCAGGAGUAUCAAAUGUACCUUCAUGAUGAUGCCUGGACAAAAGCUGAAACAGACCACCUCUUUGACUUAUCACGACGUUUUGACCUCCGUUUUGUGGUAAUUCAUGACCGCUAUGAUCAUCAGCAGUUCAAAAAGCGGUCAGUAGAAGAUCUAAAGGAGCGUUAUUAUCAUAUCUGUGCCAAGUUAGCCAAUAUUCGUGCAGCUCCAGGCACAGACCUGAAAAUCCCUGUCUUUGAUGCUGGCCAUGAAAGGCGCCGGAAGGAACAAUUAGAAAGGCUGUAUAACCGAACGCCAGAACAGGUGGCAGAAGAAGAAUAUCUAAUCCAGGAGUUGCGGAAAAUUGAAGCUAGGAAGAAAGAGAGGGAGAAGCGGACACAAGAUUUGCAAAAACUCAUUACAGCUGCUGACACAACCACUGAACAAAGACGUGCAGAGCGCAAGGCGCCUAAGAAAAAGCUGCCACAGAAAAAAGAGACUGAGAAACCUGCUGUCCCUGAAACAGCUGGCAUCAAGUUUCCAGAUUUCAAGUCUGCAGGUGUCACGCUGCGGAGUCAAAGGAUGAAACUGCCAAGCUCCGUGGGACAGAAGAAGAUUAAAGCCUUGGAGCAGAUGUUGAUGGAACUCGGAGUAGAUUUGAACCCGAUGCCAACAGAAGAAAUUGUUCAGAUGUUCAACGAAUUGCGCAGUGAUCUUGUACUACUAUAUGAGCUCAAGCAAGCUUUUGCAAACUGUGAAUAUGAGUUGCAGAUGUUGCGCCAUCGCUAUGAGGCACUAGCCAAAGCGGGUAGCACAGGACCUAACACAGAUGGUGGCUCCCAUCCUGAUGGACAAUCAGGCUUGUGCACAGAAGAGGGCAAGGGUGACAGCAAGGAGCAGAUCAUUGAUGUGGUGGGAGCACCCCUCACACCCAAUUCAAGAAAGCGCAGGGAAUCUGCUUCCAGUUCCUCAUCUGUCAAAAAGGUGAAGAAGCCAUGAGCAGCAUGAUGGCCCAAGUCCUGGAUUUUGGAGGACCAAGUUACUGACUGCAGGUGCAAGAAGGAUCUGUCUCCACAUACUGUAGUAGGGACCAUUGUGUUGAAGGAUUUUGUCUGUCUUUGCUUAUGCCAUGAAAAAGGGUAUUACUGCCCUGGUAAAGAAGAGGCUGAGCUCAUAAUCCUGAAUUGAUUGUUGCUGUGAUUUUAUUGUAUAUUUUUCCUAUAUCUGAGUUUUGUAAACUUUGAUGUAAAUAUAGAACCCAUAAUCUCUUGUUCCAGAA